GUGAGAUGACUAGAUUUAGUGGUUUUAUUGGACUUUGGGAAAUGAUGCCAAAACUUAAAGAGUGACUGAACCAUAAGCUCUGCUGAAUAUUAUUUGCAUGUCAGUCUGAUCCCAAAUUCUCUGUGGUUCUUUUAUAUUGAUAUACAUACAUAUAUAUUUUUAUUUUUUAUGAUAAUCUUUUGUGAAUAGUGACAAGAUUGGUAGUCUCUUCUAUGUUCUUGUUUGUGUUAAUGGGUUGUUGUGGUAAACUUACAUCAUUUGACUUUUGUAAUUUGUUGUUUAUUUCGGACUUUGGGAAGUGAUGAGAAGAUAAAAACUGAUUGGAAAAGUCACCAGCAAUGCUGAAAUUAUUCAUUUGCACGUCAGUCUGAUCCCAGGUUGUCUCCAUGGGUCGCUCUAGGCUUCGUAAAUUGCUUUUAGAUGACUCAGACGAGGAUGAGAUAAUGAGGCGAGUUCUUAAGGGUUCAACAUCACAACGUAAACGUCGUCGGUAUAUCGAACGUGAUCGUUUGGCAGGCCAUAAAAGACUUUAUCUCGACUACUUUGCCGACACACCAGUAUAUCCUCCUAAUUUAUUUCGGAGGAGAUUUCGGAUGAGUCGGUCUCUUUUUCUCCGUAUUCAAUCCGCAGUGGAAACUUAUGAACCUUACUUUAUCCAAAAAAGAGAUAAUGCGCAAAGGCUUGGUUUAUCUUCUCUUCAAAAGAUAACAGCUGCACUUAGGAUGCUUGCGUAUGGAGUGGCAGCUGAUUUUAUGGAUGAGUAUGUGCGGAUUGGAGAAUCCACUGCAAUAGAGAGUAUGAAAAAAUUUGUUCAAGCUGUGGUUGAUAUUUUCUCCAAGGAAUACUUGAGGUCCCCAAACAAUGAAGACAUUGCUAGACUUUUAGUCAAUGGGGAAAGACGUGGAUUUCCAGGGAUGCUAGGAAGCAUUGAUUGCAUGCAUUGGAAAUGGAAAAAUUGUCCGACUGCAUGGAAAGGUCAGUACUCUGGUCACAUUCGUGAGCCAACCAUUGUUUUGGAAGCAGUAGCAUCAUUUGAUCUUUGGAUAUGGCAUGCAUUUUUUGGAUUACCUGGGUCAAAUAAUGACAUUAAUGUAUUAGAACGGUCUCCUAUAUUUUCUGAGCUCGAACAAGGACGUGCUCCUGCAGUUAAUUACUCAAUCAAUGGCCAUGAGUAUACAAUGGGAUACUACCUUGCUGAUGGCAUAUAUCCGAAGUGGUCAACAUUUGUUAAAACAAUUCCAUCUCCACGAGGACAUAAGAACAAAUUAUUUGCAAAAGCUCAAGAGGCUUAUAGAAAGGAUGUAGAGCGUGCAUUUGGAGUGCUUCAAGCAAGAUUCGCAAUUGUGCGUGGGCCUGCAAGAUUUUUCUAUAGUGAAACGCUCCAAGACAUCAUGAAAGCAUGCGUAAUUCUUCAUAACAUGAUCAUUGAGGAUGAGCGAGAUGUAAAUGAAGCAGUGGAAGUAGAUUAUGAGCAAAUUGAUGACAAUCCUACUAUACAACUGUCACGGGAGAACACAAAUGAAUUUACGGAGUUCAUUGAAACCCAUCAAUGUAUUCGAGACCAUCAAAUUCAUUCUCAACUCCAAUUAGACCUCAUUGAACAUUUAUGGCAAUUAGAAGGGGAGUUGUAGGAACUUAAGUGUGUGAGUUAUGCAUGUGGGGUUUUAUUAUAAUUUGAUAUAUGUACGAGUCUUCUAAAGACAACAUUGAUAGUUAUGUAUGUGGAUUGUAAUUUUUUUUUGUUUUUUGUUUUUUUUUUAGAAACUAUGUGGAUUGUAUCUAUAUAUAUAUGUGGAUUAUAAAAGUUGGUAGGUUGAGUACAUUGUUAUUUGGCAGGUUGCAUGUAUAUAUAUGUAUGUGAAAUUUAAAAAUUGGCAGGUUGAAUAUAUUGAUAUUUGGCA